UGGGAGGAUUCCCUCUGGCGCGGCUCAAAACUUUUCAGACCGUCGCGGUCGCUGGAAACCGGGCAGUAGAUAACAAACAGACAGAGAAAGAUGGACGUGCAAGUGAAGCAUAUCGCGAUUGGAGCGAACAGGGUGCCCGCGGUUGCGUCCUGCUGUCCGGAUCAGAAGGGGAUCGUUGCGUUUGCUGCCGACCGAUACGUCGCGCUGUGGAAGCCCGAGAGCGAGCGCAAAGGCGUGCGAACGGUGUUGAAGGGCCAUGCGGAUCCCGUGUCUGCAGUCUGCUUCGUGACCAGCGACGUUAUCGCAUCCGGAAGCACCGACGGCGUGGUCAAGCUCUGGCGUCGCGACUCGCCAGCGCGCGAGUUCGAGUUCAAAUGCCCGGGGUUUUUCCCGCUCUGCGUCGCACUCGACGAGAUCAGACCAGAGUCUUCCACAGACAAUUCUCAGUCGCCGGUAUACGUUCUUGCGAUCGGAGCUACGAGCACGCGCAUCCAAGUCUUUAUCUCUGCAAAGAGCGACGCGCCGGUGUUUCGCAAGAUCGCGACACUCAAGGGCCACGAGGAUUGGGUGCAUAGUCUGGCGUUCAAGCAUUUCAAGGAGCACGACGGCGACGACGUGCUCUAUCUGGUCUCGGGAAGCCAGGAUCGGUAUAUCCGGCUGUGGAAGAUUCUGCCGCGGCGCAAGUAUGAGCAUGGCAAGGAGGAUAACUUUCUGAUGAUGGCCGAUCCUUUGUUUGCGAGCACGAUGUACAAGUUUUCUCUUGCGACCGGGGAUGGCGCCGACAGCAAAGACAAGGAUGGAGAGUAUGCGGUUGUAUUUGACGCCCUUUUGAUGGGCCACGACGACUGGGUCAUCUCUCUACAAUGGCAUCCGGCGCCAAACGUGAUGCGCCUUCUAUCCGCAUCUGCCGAUUCCUCGCUCAUGAUCUGGUCUCCGGACGAGGCCUCAGGCAUCUGGGUUUCCGAAGCGCGGCUAGGCGACGUCAGCAUCAAGGGCGCCAGCACCGCAACAGGGUCUUCGGGAGGGUUCUGGACGGCGCUGUGGGAGCAGAGUGAGGAUCCGAGCUGGAUCUCUACGGUGGGAAAGUCAGGCAGCUGGAGGGUUUGGAAAGCAGAGACGGAGGAGGGGGUGGCGAUAACGGGACAUGUACGAGAAGUGACCGGAAUAGCGUGGUCACCGACGGGAGACUAUUUGCUCACCGCGAGCUUAGACCAAACUACGCGGUUACUAGCGGAGUGGAAGACCGGCGCAGAAGACGACUUUGACUGGCAUGAGUUUGCGCGGCCGCAGAUCCACGGCUACGACAUGAUCACGGUCUCGUGUCUUUCGUCGACGGUGUUUGUGAGCGCGGGAGACGAGAAAGUACUGCGGGUGUUUGAGAUGCCAAAGAGUGUUGCGCAGUUGCUGCAGCGGCAGUGUCAGAUUGAUGUCAGGAGCACAAAGGCUGAGGAAGUGGUGUUACCUGACGCCGCUGCUGUGCCGUCACUCGGUUUGUCAAACAAGGCAGUGAAUAUGGGCGUGAGUGGCAAUGCAGAGGACGGUGACGACAAUGCAGAGGAAGAAACUGUUGAAGCGACAACCGCAGACGCGAGCUUUGAGUCGAUAGUCUCGCUGAGGACGCCGCCGCUCGAACCCCACCUGCAGCGACACACGCUCUUCCCCGAGAUCGAGAAGUUGUACGGGCACGGCUACGAGAUCUCUGCGGCCGCGAUCUCGCACAGCCGCAAGAUCCUGGCGACGACGUGCCGGGCGAAUAACACGACGCAUGCGGUGAUCCGGCUGUUCGACACCAGCACAUGGCACGAGAUCCAGCCGCAUCUGGAGGAGGCGCAUGCGCUGACUGUCACGGAUUUGCAGUUUUCUGCCGACGAUCGGUAUCUGCUGUCGGUCGGCCGCGAUCGGAUGCUUGUGGUGUGGGAGGUUGUGGACCGAGACGGCGGGGUUACGUACGAGAAGCGGUUUAGCGCGCCGCGGGGACAUUCGCGGAUUAUCUGGGACUGCGCGUGGGCGCCGGCGGGGUUGCUGGCGAGUGGAGAGGAGGAUUAUGUGUUUGCUACGGCGUCGCGGGAUAAGACUGUGAAAGUGUGGAAGGCGUCGGCGGAGGGCAAGAUGUGGACUGCGGUCGCGACGGAGAAGUUUGGGGACGCGGUGACGGCGGUGGAUAUUUUUCCGAGGCUGGUCUCGGAGAAAGAAAACGCGGCGGAGAAAAAGGGGUUGCUCGCUAUUGGGCUCGACAACGGACGAGUGUACGUGUACGAGGUGUGCGCGAUGGAGGAGCAGAUUUCGCCGGUGCAGAGGAUCAGUAGAUUGGCGUGGAGGCCGCGUAAGCGGUGUGGGGAAGGCAAGUUUGAGGUUGCGGUGGCGAGCGAUGAUUCGUCGGUGAGGAUAUAUGCGAUUGAGAUAGACUGUAUAUAUUGA